UGUGCGCUGUGUUCUGAGUGAAGGCGGCGGCAGGGUUCGGGCUGCGCGGGGACAGCGGGUUCGGGUCUGGGGUGGACGCCACCGGCCGGAGCAAGGCGGCCAGAACCGAAGUCCCGGCCAGUCUUCAGGACCCGGCAGAGACCGUCAGGACCAAGGCGGGGGCUCGCGUCCCAGAGGACGGAGGCUGGGGCUGAGUGAGUGCCCGGGUCGGGGCGCGCCAGAUGAUGGAUUUGGAUGUCCUUCUAUGAAGCAAUGCCACGUGGUCCAAAAGCAAACAUGUCUGGGCUGCUGCCGUCUUAGGAAUCCAGGGCCUGGAGACAGCUCUUCCUUGAGGAAUCAGGAGAGGUGUGACCCAGGAACAAGAAGCAUAUCCUCACCAAUGACAUCAUGACAGCAAGAGAGCACAGCCCUCGCCAUGGUGCCAGGGCCCGUGCGAUGCAGCGGGCUUCCACCAUCGACGUGGCAGCCGACAUGGUGGGCCUCUCUCUGGCAGGAAAUAUCCAAGACCCAGACGAGCCCAUUUUAGAAUUCAGCUUAGCUUGCAGUGAGUUGCACACUCCAUCGCUAGAUCGGAAACCAAAUAGUUUUGUGGCUGUGAGUGUCACCACCCCUCCGCAGGCGUUCUGGACGAAGCAUGCGCAGACGGAGAUCAUCGAGGGAACCAACAAUCCUAUCUUCCUGAGCAGCAUCGCCUUCUUUCAAGACUCCCUCAUCAACCAGAUGACACAAAUCAAGCUGUCUGUGUACGAUGUCAAAGAUAGAUCUCAGGGAACAAUGUAUUUACUGGGCUCUGGAACAUUCGUUGUCAAAGAUCUGCUCCAGGACAGGCAUCACAGAUUGCAUCUGACACUGAGGUCUGCAGAGAGUGACCGAGUAGGUAACAUAACUGUGAUCGGCUGGCAAAUGGAGGAGAAGUCCGACCAGCGGCCCCCUGUGACCCGGUCUUUGGACACUGUCAACGGGAGGAUGGUUCUGCCUGUUGACGAGAGCUUGACCGAGGCAUUGGGAAUCCGAUCCAAAUAUGCUUCUUUGCGAAAAGACACCUUGCUGAAAUCAGUGUUCGGUGGCGCCAUCUGCCGCAUGUACCGGUUCCCAACCACUGAUGGCAACCACCUACGGAUCCUGGAGCAGAUGGCAGAGAGUGUCCUCUCCCUGCACGUGCCUCGGCAGUUUGUGAAGCUGCUGCUGGAAGAAGAUGCAGCCAGAGUGUGUGAGCUGGAAGAGUUGGGGGAGCUGUCUCCUUGCUGGGAGAGCCUCCGGAGGCAGAUUGUCACCCAGUAUCAGACCAUCAUCCUCACCUACCAGGAAAACCUGACUGACCUCCAUCAGUACAAAGGUCCUUCAUUUAAAGCAAGCAGUUUGAAAGCAGAUAAAAAGUUAGAAUUUGUUCCCACAAACCUGCACAUACAAAGGAUGAGAGUUCAAGAUGAUGGAGGCUCAGAUCAGAACUACGAUGUGGUCACUAUCGGAGCCCCAGCAGCCCACUGCCAAGGUUUUAAGUCAGGAGGUCUUCGAAAAAAGCUGCACAAGUUUGAAGAGACCAAGAAACACAGUUUUGAGGAGUGUUGUACAUCAUCUAGCUGCCAGUCCAUAAUCUACAUACCACAGGACAUCAUCCGAGCCAAGGAGAUCAUUGCCCAGAUCAACACCCUGAAAACCCAAGUUAGCUACUACGCAGAACGGCUCUCAAGGGCAGCCAAGGACAGGUCUGCCACUGGCCUUGAGAGGACACUCGCCAUCUUGGCAGACAAGACCCGGCAGUUGGUCACUGUCUGUGACUGUAAGCUGCUGGCCAACUCCAUCCAUGGGCUGAAUGCUGCACGGCCUGACUACAUCGCUUCCAAGGCCUCCCCUACCUCGACUGAGGAGGAGCAGGUGAUGCUUCGGAAUGACCAGGACACCCUCAUGGCCAGGUGGGCAGGGAGGAGCAGCCGGUCUUCCCUGCAGGUGGACUGGCAUGAGGAGGAGUGGGAGAAAGUGUGGCUGAAUGUGGACAAGAGCCUGGAGUGCAUCAUCCAGCGGGUAGACAAGCUGCUGCAGAAGGAGCGUCUGCAUGAGGAGGGCUGUGAGGACGUUUUCCCCUGUUCAAGCACCUGCUCCAGCAAGAAAGGUAACCGGGGCAGCCAAGCCUACUGGAUCAGACCGGAGGACCCCUUCUGUGACGCCCCCUCCUCGACAUGUCCCUCCUCCAUGCCCACUGCUGCAUGCCAUCCUCACCCAAGCACACAUUGCAGCCCCCCUCCUGAAGAGUCCAGUCCAGGUGAAUGGAGCGAGGCCCUUUACCCUCUGCUGACCACCCUCACAGACUGUGUGGCCAUGAUGAGCGACAAAGCCAAGAAGGCCAUGGUCUUCCUGCUCAUGCAGGACAGUGCCCCCACCAUUGCCUCAUACCUGAGCCUGCAGUACCGCCGUGACGUCGUCUUCUGCCAAACCCUGACGGCCCUCAUCUGCGGCUUCAUCAUCAAGCUGAGGAACUGCCUGCACGAUGACGGCUUCCUGCGGCAGCUCUAUACCAUCGGGCUUCUGGCCCAGUUUGAGAGCCUGCUGAGCACCUAUGGAGAGGAGCUGGCCAUGUUGGAGGACAUGAGCCUUGGAAUCAUGGACUUGAGGAACGUGACCUUUAAAGUCACCCAGGCUACUUCAAAUACAUCAACUGACAUGCUGCCAGUCAUCACAGGAAACCGUGAUGGCUUUAAUGUGCGGAUCCCUCUGCCAGGACCACUGUUCGACUCCCUGCCCCGAGAGAUCCAGAGUGGCAUGCUGCUGCGGGUGCAGCCAGUCCUCUUCAACGUGGGCAUCAAUGAGCAACAGACACUGGCUGAGAGGUUUGGAGACACAUCCUUACAAGAAGUCAUCAACAUAGAGAGCUUGGUGCGGUUGAAUUCCUACUUUGAGCAGUUUAAGGAGGUUUUGCCGGAGGACUGUCUACCUCGAUCUCGGAGUCAGACCUGCCUGCCGGAGCUGCUGCGGUUCCUAGGACAGAACGUCCAUGCACGCAAGAAUAAGAAUGUGGACAUCCUCUGGCAAGCUGCUGAGGUCUGCCGCCGCCUUAAUGGGGUUCGAUUCACCAGCUGCAAGAGUGCCAAGGACCGCACAGCCAUGUCGGUGACGUUGGAGCAGUGCCUGAUCCUGCAGCAUGAACAUGGCAUGGCCCCGCAGGUCUUCACACAAGCCCUGGAGUGCAUGCGCAGUGAGGGUUGUCGGAGAGAAAAUACAAUGAAGAAUGUUGGAAGUCGCAAAUAUGCAUUUAACUCCCUGCAGCUGAAGGCCUUCCCCAAGCAUUACAGGCCUCCAGAAGGGACUUACGGAAAAGUUGAGACAUGAACACACGGUGUCCUCUAAUUAGCUGUUACGUAAUCAAUGUGGGUACCCUCUAGUGUCACAUAUGAUUCUUCAAGAAGACCUGAAGGAUUCGUUUUUAUUUUUGUGUUUUUAAAAAGACUUCACUAAAGAGUCUAUGGAGCAUGAUUUUGUGUUGGAAUCUGUAGGGGUCCUGUGUGGCUCAAUAGCGUGGAUAGUAAUGGCUGCCCUUACCAAUAGCUUUCAGCUGUAACUAUACAGCUAAUGUCCUAGUUCCUAGAAGAAGCCAGCUUGGUGUGUCUGAAACUCCAGGAGACUUUUUCAAACACCCACUUAGGCACUGCUCACCCAACUUAUUUUUCUAUUCAGUAACUCACAAGUGAGCAUUGACUUCAAGUCUACUUUCAAAAAGUCUGAAUGUAAAACAGGAAGUACUUACCCCACUAAGCUCCAGGUCCCAGGCAGAGUAGGAGGUGUUAGCUCAGCUUGGGGAAAAGAAGUCGCACCUUCUUGCUGUGAGAGAAGCUGGUUCUAGUGGCCCCCAAAGGCCACCGCCCUCUGUGAAACCCGAAGUGGAAGGGAAGCUUGAUCAGUCACACCAGGAGCUCAUGACCUGGGGCCACACCGCUUCCUGCCCCUUCAAGUCCUAGAAGAGUGUCUGCUUGAGAUCUAAAACCAACCGUGAGGUCCCUGGACUCUGCCUCCUCAUAAGCUCCAUGUUUAGGUCCACACCCACAGGGCAUAUCUCCCUUUCUUCUCUGGCAAUCGAGACCUUCAAUGUGGCUUGUCAGGUGUCUGGGAGACAACUCUUUAGUCGGGGAUUUAGGGCCGUAGAGACAGUAGACACAAAUAUUUUCAGAACAAAUGUUCUUCUGGGAUAUUUCUAAUCAUCUUCUACAAGACCACAAAUCAUGUGUGAAUGUCUAAAGAAACUAUCUUAGUUUUUGGUUUACAAUAAUUGUUACUAUUCUUCUGUUAUAUGACUAUUGAGAAACAGUUCAAACUAUCCCCUACAUUGAGAGCCGGGGAGGGGUUUGUGAGACAGGAAAGUUAGGGAUUUCAUAGACAAUUUAGUCUGUCAUCUUUUACAAGGUGAUGAUGAGUCUUAUCUGCACAUAGCAGAUUUUUUUUCCUUAGAAUUUAUAUGUUUUAUAAAUUCUGUUUAUCAUAGUUCUGUUUACAUGUUAUUUAAAAGGCUGUAAAAAGAAGUGUAUAUGGAGUAUACCCAUGAUGCUGAUACCAACGAUUGUGAGCACCAUGGGAAUCCUUAGAGAAGUCUAGCUAGUUUUCUUUUGGCUCCUUUAGAAACAUGUAACGAACUUGGACCUGGGACAUCGAGGCAUAGACCGCCCAGUCCUUGGACAGAGUCAGGGAGGGUGCAGGCGUCCCUUUCUACUGGUGCGUAGCAUGGCCUGCUGCUGCAGGGGAGAGGUCCUCUGCUGAGGGGCGGCUCACUCCCCACUCCAGGGUGUGCGCUGUGGAAGGUGAGGGAAAGGGAGCACUCAGCACCCAACCCUCCACACGGGGCUGCUCUGCUGGUGUGGGAUUCUCCCAAAGCCUCCCGGCCUGCUGGGGCUCAGUGUGGCUGGCUAAGCCCUUUCCCUCUUCUGUGGCCCGUUUACUCUUACGUUCCUAAUUCCAUUUUCUUCUCAUUUUGACAUCACUGCCUUUUAAAAUAUCGCUUUGGACUUUGAAAUGAAAUGUUCCCGUGUUCUCCAGCUUUCCUUCCUGUUGAAGGGCAUUACCAAUCCACACUUAGAAAGGGAAUAGAGCAACAGCUGACUCACCUGUCGGCCGUUCUGCAUGUGAAUUACUUUCUCAGUCUUUGUUUUAUAACAUGAAUCACUGUAAAACUCUAAGACUUGGUUAAUCACGGAAGAGACUGUGGCUUCAGUGUUUCCUCUGAAGGCAUUGUGACUGGCUCCCAGCGCAGAACACGCUCCCGGCUUGCCAGGAAGGCACACCUGGUACAGCAUGGGCGCAGGCAGCUCCUGCUGCCCAGGAGGCUGAGCUGGUCACUGUAGGUGGGACACGGUUUUCCUGGUGGCCGUAAAGAGGACGUGCCGUCCACCGUCUGCCCCCAUUUCAAAAGGAAUGUGCGAUGUCUGGACAGCUGGGAGUGCCGUGUGGAUCCCGUCAGAGCUCCUGCAGCACAGCUGCCUGUACUCUCCUUUAAAGAUGUAAAAAUACUGUAUAAUACUGUUUUAUCCCCCCCCCCCCCCACACACACACUUGUACUUGCCAAGCUUAGUGCAUUUAAAUACUUGUAUUUAUUUGUUUGGGACAGUAUUACUAUAUAUGAACAUAUAGUUACUGUUUUAUAUAUUCUUAGCUCACUUAAAGCCAUGUAUGCUGUAAAUGUGCUUGUCUUUAGAAUGGGAAAUAAUAAAAACUGACAGGAACAUUA